UUUUGUUUGAUUUUCGGGUUUUCCGUUGACACCUUGUGGACCGCAGGAGCGCGAACGAGACGGCGGAGAGCGGCUGACGAGAAGCGGACUAGUGCCGCAGACGGCUGGCUCUGAGUGGGGUAGAGGCGGCUCUUUGUCUAGGGAAAGGAAAGAAGUCCCUCCUUAAACGCUUUUACAGUUUAAAUGGCAAAACUGCAUAGUUGAAAUGAGUUGGAGUGGCAGGUGCUCAAGUGUGUGAUUUUGCACCCAACUGCCCCACGGAUUUUGACGGCAUAGGGGGCUGACCGUGGGCCUGGCGGUUAACAACAUUUCGUGCCUCUAGCUUUUCUCAUUUCGCUUGUGCCUGUUGACCACCGCUGGGCCCACGUAAAAGCCGUUUGCGCAGUGGGGUGUGAGAAACAGGUGGCAGAGUGAAUACCAUGGCUUCUUCUCCAAGAACACCCCUUGCUUCCAAAAAGUCUGCUACAUGUCGAGGCACUCCCAAACGUGCCAGUUCCUCAACUCCUGACCAGAACAACUCUACGCCUCUUCCUUCAAUCAAUGAGCGCUUGGCCUACCUCCGCCCCUCCCGGGAACUGCUGGAGUAUUACCGAAAGAAGAUUGCCCAGUUUGAUGAAGAACAUGAAGAGCUGGUUAAAAGGCUGGAGAAAUACAAAGCAACAUAUGAUGAGCAGCACAAAUUGCAAUGGGAAAUGCGUCAGCGGGAGGAAGAAAUUGCUGAGCUACAGAAGGCUUUGAGCGACAUGCAAGUUUACCUCUUCCAGGAAAGGGAACAUGUGCUGCGCCUUUACGCUGAGAACGACCGGCUGAAAAUCAGGGAGCUUGAGGACAGGAAGAAGAUUCAACAUCUUUUGGCUUUGAUGGGGACAGAUAAUGGCGAGAUCACUUAUUUUCACAAAGAACCACCUCACAAGGUCACUAUUCCUCAAAGGCUAACCAAGAGCAGAGAUUCAUAUGAACGGAAUGGGAACAGCACUCUAAAAACAGGUAUUAAAAGCUCUGCCUCAAAGCCGACAGCAAAAGGAGGGAAAUCAGAAAGCGCAGAGAGAUGCCAGAGGGACAACCAGACGCUCUUAUUACAGGUGGAAGCCCUUCAAGCUCAAUUGGAAGAGCAAGCUCGGCUUGCCAAAGAGCAGCUUGAGGCAUUGCUAGAAGACCGGCGAAUCCGCAUAGAAGAAGCUCAAGUUCAGCAUCAGAGGGAUCAGGACAAGAUCAAAGACCUUACUGAAAAAUACAACAAAGCUCAAAGCUUGCUGUACGAGAGCACCCGAGAUUUUCUCAACUUGAAAUUUGAAGCACGGACGAAUGAGAAGUCUUGGAUGGCGGAGAAGGACUGUUUGUUGAGGAGGCUGGACAAAAGGAAGGCUGGGCCAAAACGAAGCCGGGUUCGGAGUGGGAGAGCAGUCCCCGUCAUGUCUGAUAACCCUUGGCUUUUUAAAUCUCAGCUCCAGGCACUGCAAGGCCAAUUGAUGCAGGAGGAGCGAUUAGCCAACAUGUAUCGAGAGCAGUGUGUUGCCCUAGAAGAAGAGCUGGCGAAGAUUCGGGAGGAAGGAGACAUAGGCCGAGAGCUCUUCAAGGAGCGCUCAGAGAAGAUGGGGAAGCGGCUGCAGCUGAUGACCAAGCGCUACGAGGCUUUGGAAAAGAGGCGUGGCAUGGAGGUGGAAGGCUUUAGGAAUGACAUCAGGCUACUUCAGCAAAGGCUGAGGGAUGUGGAAAAGCAGCUGUUCAAGGUGACAAUGACUGUUGGUCCGGACCAAGACCUUGCAAUUCUGCACGAAGUUCGCCAAGGGAACCGAAAGACUCAGAAAAUUCAAGGGGAACUGAAAAACUUGAAGUCAAAAAUCUACAGCCUGGAAAAUGAGCUACGUGUCUGUUGAGGAAGGUGCACCAGUGGAGCCAGGUGCCCUUUCAGCAUUCCUGUGGAAAAAGCAGAAACUCGUAUCUUUGCGGCGAAAACUACCUACCUUGCUGUGGUUCUAGGGUGUAGCUAUAUGCUCCGCGACUGAAGGAGUCCAUACAAGCUUAUGUGAGACUUGGAAAGGAAAUAAUCUUUAACUUAAAAAAAAAUACAAAGACUGAACCACAGUAACUGGUAAUUGACGUUGUUCCAACCAUCCUCAUAGUCUUUAGGGAGUUUUUUUAAUCUGCUGAAAAUGGCACACAGCGAAGGGAUCUCUGAGAAGCUAUUUGUAUGCUUGUUAGCUUCAGAGAGGAAGCCAGUUAUUGUGAGUCCUUCCCCAGGAAUGACUCUGGAAGAGAGGGGCUCCUGUGCUGUUAGGAUCCAUCCAUCCUAAUAUCAUGUUUUAUGAAUCAGAGAUCAGUCUCUCCAAUUCACUGCUUAUUUGAGCUCUCAAGAACUAGAGCCCAGAUCAAACCAUUUUACUAGGAAAGAAAACUGUAGAUCUAAGCGUGUUUUGCUUUCACGUAAGUACAUAGGACGGUAGCUCUGAAUGCUCUUUGCCUCCAUUACAGAACUGUGGACACUUUUUUUCUGAGGGGGGGGGGUAAGCCCUGUGGUGUUGAAUUGGGCUUUAUUCCAGAGGAUGUAGACAUGGUAUUGCAGUUUUAGUGAAAGAAUGGAGUUGCAUAAUGUUGCUUCUUGCCACAGUUCGCAUUCAGAUCCUAACAGGAGUAAUAUUUUUAUUACAGAAUGUUGUCAGAGAGAGCAAGCAACUGUCCCCUGAUGUAAUAUUAGCAUUGCCCCUUCCUGUUUUGCACUGAUUCUACCACUAGGCCAUUGCUACAACCAUUAAUGACAUCUCCACUGCAGACAAUCUCUGGUCUUUCAAACUGAUGCAUUAACUUCUCCAUGGGAAACAGAAUGAUGUAGGAAAAGGCAGCACAUUAAAGGUCAUAUAGGACUUAGGCAUCACUCAUGAAGGAACACACUAGAAAACUGUUACUGCUUUGAGCAUGACUACCAGAGGCAUGUGCCAUUGUCAAAUGAGAUGAUCUACUAGUGUUUUUCUAUAAAGGGGUGUUUUCCAUUUAUGAAACUCACAACAGUUCCCCCAGAAGUUCUUUUCUUUUAGAAUAAGUAGCUUCCUAUGCAACAAUGUUUAUCUGUUAGGUAAUCCAGGAAGCUAAACUAGAGUGCUUCUAGCAUGAAAAUACUAACCUGCACCCUUUGUGCUGAGUUAUGUUCAACAGUAUAACUACCCUCUUUGUUUCUGUCGCUAACAAAGGGGUAACCUUUCCCUGACUGGCUGCAACUGCUCUGUAAUGACAAAAAAAAUUACUAAGCACCCAACAGAAUUAGAUUCUCUUAUCUUCUUUCUCAAGCUACUUUUUAAUGAAUGCAAAGAUUUUACAGGGUUAACUGCUUUUUAGAGAAGUUUUUGUUUUGUCUUCUGCUAUUGUUAAUUUCACAUCUGGGUUUUAUAACAUUAAAAUUGGAGUUGUAUGCCUUGUUAAAA